AUGAAGGAAGAUUCCGAAGUGCAACCUAUCUUACCCCAGUAUUCCGAACAAUAUGCUUCUGCCCCGGUGGCAAGCUCAUCUCAACUGGCACAGCCUACAAGAACAAAAGUUAGAUUCAUGUUUAAGAAGUCGAAGCCCAGACCAUGGGGACUAAUUAAAUAUGAAGAUGGUGUUUUUGUGUUUGAAGCAAAUGCUACAAUACAACAGGCUGCAGAGUACGCUGCUUCAAAUUAUCCAGAUUCAAAAGAGGUUCCAACAUUCAAUAAUGUGUGGGGAUUCUUCAAAGAGGCGGCUCCAACAUCCCAAAUCGUGGUAAUCGAUCCUAACGCCAACGUCCAUUCCAUGUUCAGAGAAGAUGACAUCUUGAUUGUGAGUAAUGUUCCCAAUAUCAAAAAUGUUCAACGCAUGGAAAUGACAUAUCAAAUAUUGUUGGCUCUCAGUCUCCCUAUAGCGCUCUUUCUCUUCACGAUUCUUAUGAUAGUCUUACACGGGUGA